UCCCGCUCGCCCAAAAGCCAUUAUUUUUCGAGUUUCAUCCGCAGCCACAGUGCAAAAUAGGUUUAUCAAUUUAAUUUAAGUGUUAAAGUAGUUCUAAAGUGUUUUUUAAGUUGCGCACGCGAUCGAGGCCACCCCGCAUGAAUGGAUGUGCAUGCGCCCAUCGAUCGAACGGAGUAUUUGCAUUCAGUUGCUGUGAUUUUCCCGUGACCAUUGCGUACGAAAAUCGUUUUGGGAGCGCAAGAAGCUGCGGUCGCUGGUUCAUACGGGAGUCCUAAAGGUUACAGCUCCACAAGAUGCAGCACAACGUUCAUGCCGCCCGGCCAGCGCCCCACAUCCGAGCUGCGCACCAUCACAGCCACAGCCACAGCCAUGCCCACAUGCAUCUGCAUCCCGGCAUGGAGCAGCACCUGGCCCCCAGUCUGCAGCAGCAGCAGCAGCCGCCCCAGCAGCCACCACAUCGCGACCAUCUGCACGCACGUCUGAAUCAUCACCUUCUCCACGCUCAGCAGCAGCAGCAGCAACAACAGCAGCAGCAGCAGACGUCGUCGAACCAAGCCGCCGCCGUCGCUGCGGCUGGGGCUGCCUAUCACCACGGCAACAUCAACAGCAACAGCAGUAGCAACAUCACCAGCAACAGCAACCAGAUGCAGAAGAUCCGCCAACAGCACCAGCACUUGAGUAACAGCAACGGCCUUCUUGGCAAUCAGCCGCCUGGUCCGCCGCCACAGGCCUUCAAUCCACUAGCGGGCAAUCCGGCUGCUCUCGCCUACAAUCAGCUUCCUCCGCAUCCGCCGCACCACAUGGCCGCCCAUCUGGGCAGCUAUGCCGCUCCACCGCCCCACUAUUACAUGAGCCAGGCGAAGCCGGCGAAAUAUAAUCACUAUGGCAGCAAUGCCAACACCAACAGCGGCAACAACAACAGCAGCAGCAACUAUGCCCCUAAGGCCAUUCUGCAGAAUACCUAUAGGAAUCAGAAGGUGGUGGUUCCACCGGUGGUGCAAGAAGUUACCCCGGUGCCGGAGCCGUCAGUGACCACCACCAAUGCCAACAUAAACAACUCCACCAUCAGCACAGUGAAAGCUAGCGAGUCUGUGAGCCAGGAGGAAGCUCCUCAGGAACCGGAGUCUAGACAGGAGCCAGCUUCAGUGGACGACCAUGCCAGCACGGAGCACAUCGAUGCUGCGGGAACACUGUCCAACGAGGACACGAGCAGCACAGGACGCGGUGGCAAGGACAAGACUCCAAUGUGCCUGGUCAAUGAGCUGGCCAGGUACAACAAGAUCACGCAUCAAUAUCGGCUGACUGGAGAACGAGGACCUGCCCACUGCAAGACCUUUACGGUGACACUGAUGCUGGGCGAUGAGGAGUACUCGGCGGAUGGUUUCAAGAUCAAGAAAGCGCAACAUUUAGCUGCUAGUAAGGCUAUCGAGGAAACCAUGUACAAGCAUCCGCCGCCGAAGAUACGACGCAGCGAAGAAGGCGGCCCCAUGCGCACCCACAUUACACCGACGGUGGAGUUAAAUGCUCUGGCCAUGAAGUUGGGACAGCGCACCUUCUACCUGCUGGAUCCCACCCAGAUUCCUCCCACGGAUUCGAUAGUGCCGCCGGAGUUUGGCGGCGGUCAUUUGCUAACAGCGCCAGGUCCAGGAAUGCCGCAACAACCUCCACCACCUGCGUACGCCCUGCGCCAGAGACUUGGCAAUGGAUUCGUGCCAAUCCCAUCGCCGCCGAUGCAUCCGCAUUUCUUUCAUGGACCUGGCCAGCGACCGUUUCCCCCGAAGUUUCCAUCGCGUUUUGCGCUGCCACCGCCACUCGGCGCUCAUGUACAUCAUGGACCGAAUGGUCCAUUUCCAUCUGUGCCUACGCCACCCAGCAAAAUCACCCUCUUUGUGGGCAAGCAGAAGUUUGUGGGCAUCGGACGCACACUGCAACAAGCGAAACAUGACGCUGCGGCGCGAGCGCUGCAGGUUCUCAAGACUCAGGCCAUAUCCGCCUCUGAGGAGGCACUCGAGGAUUCGAUGGACGAGGGCGACAAGAAGUCGCCCAUCUCGCAGGUUCACGAAAUCGGCAUUAAACGUAACAUGACCGUUCACUUUAAGGUGUUGCGAGAGGAGGGACCGGCGCAUAUGAAGAACUUUAUUACGGCAUGCAUUGUCGGAUCUAUUGUCACCGAGGGAGAAGGAAAUGGCAAGAAAGUGUCCAAGAAACGUGCAGCGGAAAAGAUGCUCAUCGAGUUGCAAAAACUGCCGCCCCUUACGCCCACCAAACAGACGCCAUUAAAGCGGAUUAAGGUGAAGACGCCCGGCAAGAGUGGGGCAGCGGCCCGAGAAGGUUCGGUUGUCUCGGGCACCGAUGGUCCUACGCAAACGGGUAAGCCGGAGCGGCGUAAACGCCUAAAUCCGCCGAAGGACAAGCUGAUAGACCUGGACGAUGCGGAUAACCCCAUCACAAAGUUAAUUCAACUGCAGCAAACGCGCAAGGAGAAGGAACCUAUAUUCGAACUGAUAGCCAAAAACGGCAAUGAAACCGCUCGACGACGGGAGUUCGUGAUGGAGGUCUCCGCCAGCGGCAGCACAGCCCGUGGAACAGGCAACAGCAAGAAGUUGGCAAAGCGAAAUGCUGCGCAGGCUCUAUUUGAACUUCUGGAAGCUGUUCAAACCACCCCAACUAACGAAACACAGUCAUCGGAGGAAUGCAGCACUUCGGCAACAAUGUCCGCCGUCACAGCGCCAGCAGUGGAGGCAACUGCGGAAGGUGAAGUGCCCAUGGUAUCCACGCCAGUGGGUCCCAUGCCAGGCAUUUUAAUACUGCGCCAGAACAAGAAACCAGCAAAGAAGAGGGAUCAAGUUGUAAUUGUCAAAGCCAACGUGGAAUCCAAAGAGGAGGAUGCCAAUAAGGAGGUGACAGUUGCAGCUGAGGAGAACAGCAACAACAGUGCCAACUCUGGCGACACCAGCAACAGCAGCAGCGGCGAUUCGCAAGCCACAGAGGCGGCUAGCGAGAGUGCACUUAAUACCUCAACCGGCAGCAAUACGAGCGGUGUGAGUAGCAACAGCAGCAAUGUUGGGGGCAACACGGAAAGCGCCAACCAUGCCGAGAGUAAAAACAACACCGGAAACAGCAGCAGCAACACGGAUAGUAGCAGUAACAGUACGAGCAACACACAAAGUGCUGGAGUGCACAUGAAGGAGCAACUCUUGUAUCUCAGUAAGCUGCUGGACUUUGAGGUCAACUUCUCGGACUAUCCCAAGGGCAAUCACAACGAGUUCCUAACCAUCGUGACAUUGUCCACUCAUCCGCCACAAAUAUGCCAUGGUGUUGGCAAGAGCUCGGAGGAGUCGCAGAACGAUGCUGCAAGCAAUGCCUUGAAAAUCCUCAGCAAGCUGGGGCUCAACAAUGCCAUGAAAUAAGCAAAAGCCGCUGAAAAUUCCCUUAUUAAACCCUUAUUAACUGCAAUUUUUGUUGUUGCACAUAAGCAUGAUAAAAGCAAAGCAAAGAAAAAACAAUUGAAAUACCCGUCCACAAAGCAAACCUUAAACAAAAUCCAAAAACCAAGCUGUGUGCAAAUUCAAAAAAAAAAGAAGAAAAAAGAGAAAUGUAAGAGAAGCAAUGCAAGAAACAGUUUUGAAAUAGCAAAUUAUUAGUUAAUACCUAUUUAUUUAUUUAUGUGCAAGUUGUGCAAACUGGUGUUAUUAUUUUAUUUAUUUGUUGAGAAUUGAUUAACGAAUCGAACUAAUAGUAACCGAAACUGAACAGAGGCGAACACUUAACAGAGCCGCAACGUUGUUAAUCCAAAUCGAGAAUCGAACAAUAACUAGACUUAAUGAAAACCCAACAAAAGCAUGAACAGAAUGAACAGAUGCAAAUAUUUGCAGUACCUAAACUUAAGAUUAAAGCUCAAUAACCACUUGAAUUGAAUUGAUGAACAAAGGACUAUUGAUACCUCUUAGCUGCAUGCGGCAAUCGCUUUCAAAAAUAAAUACAAAAUUUUUGAGCACCUCGUCGGUGCAGGACAAAAUUGAAGGAUAUCCGCAUUUGCGAAUAAACCAGGCAGGCUGUCUAAGGAGAAAAUGAACAAAUUUUUGAUUUAUUUUUCAAAGCACGACAACCAUUAACCGUUUGUGGUCAUAUGCUUGAUGAAACUCGUCGAAUAAUGAAUCUAUUAUACGUAUACUAUUUUUAAGUGUUAAGCAUAAGCAUCGGCGAUUUGUCGGAAAGUCGUAUACCCCAUGACCGGUCGAUUUGCCAAACUUUCAGCAAAUAUUUGUCAGAGGAUGCGGAGCUCGCAAUGUUUGCUGAAUUUUGGAGAUUGAUAGGAAGUGGGUGGAACAAAAGGAGUUCACAUCGAACAUACAACAUAAAAUACAAUUUACAUAAUCGUUAUAAUUAUAUUUAUGAAUGUUUAAUAAGCCAUUUUUGUAAAUGUUCAGCUUUUGGCCAGUGUACCAGCUAAAAGCUGAACAUCCUUAUGAAUAAUGAAUCGUGUUGUUUAAUCUGUCAUGUUUUGUCCCUUUGUCCCCACAUUUCUUGCUUGUUUUUGAAUCCGAAUUAUGUUAGUUAUGUUAUCGUAUCCCCAUUACUCACACACACACACACACACCAUUUGCAAAUUUCGAGAGCAAUAGUUUUAAUUACUUUUACCCUAAACAGCACCAGUUGAUUAAGCGUUAAGUUGCGUUAUGUAAAAUGUAUUUUGUCCAAGCCAUCACGUUGGCCACAAUGUGCAUGAUUGCUUCGCGAUUUGCGAUCCUAAACUAAGCUUAAGCCCCAGCGAACUGUAACCGUUGAAAUGAAGUCAAUCCCAGUAUUAAAUGUAUAGAUAGAGGGCAGUUAUGCGUAACUCCCAUAAUUACUAGACUCACAUAUAUAUCGUGCACAUUGUUUGCGCCACACAAGUUGUUCAUUUUGUUAGAAGAUUUUGCAGACCCAGCGAUACGAUACGAUAAUCAUAAUCGUAGUCAACAAAAAAGUUUAAUUGUGGAAGGUGUAGCGGUGUCUGCUUUGCAAAAUCUUCACAAAAUUGAUUGAAAUUAUUAAUCUUAAUGUGAGAUGUAUUCGCAGUAGCAACAAUGCGUGAAUAUCUGUUCAUUAACACCAAAUAAAGGCAUACGAGUCAAGAUGAGAGAACACAUUUAUUAGUCUUAAGCCUACCCCCACACACACUCACUAAGUUUUGUCUAUCUGUAAUGUGACACAUAAUCAUGUUAUGUCAUUAAAACUCAAAAACUCCCCCCUUCCCCCAAUGAAAAUAUGUAAAAUGUAAUUCUACGAAUAAAAAGUGAAAUAAAGUUGGAA